GAAGAAGGCAUCUGCUGAGGACAUUUAAGUCCUCUUCUUCAGACACCUGGGUCAUUCCUGAGCCAAGCCCUGCUUCUGCUCCACUGCCUGUUAGAAACACCAUCACAUGAUCAAACUAACAACCAAUCCAAAAGAACACAGGCAGGACAAAAGGAAAAGUGGGAGUGUCUAGGAAGGAAUGAGGCAGAGGAAGGGGUGAAGGAAGAAGGCUGGCUAUGCAUCAUGUGGAAGUAGCCCAGACUGUGGCUCUGUGUUCGCAGCCCUUCACAAGCAGCAGCCCGUGUAGCUCUUUCAGUUCCACUGGAUGUCAGUUCAUCAGACGUCCGAAAAGGUGAAAUAUUGGAAAAUGGAGUCACCCCAAACGUGCUGUGAACAGGGUCAUCAAAACCUUGAAGCCAUGAAGGCAGGCAUGUUUCUGCGCAAGGUGAAGUCUCGUAUGUGGAAGCGUCCGAGGCACUACAAACUCCAGGAGGACUGCAAGACUAUCGCAUAUAAAUCUAGCUGGGCAAUAAAAUCUUAUUCUACCAUCUCCAUCAGUGAUGUGGAGGCUGUUCGUGAGGGACAUCAGUCCGAAGCGCUCCUCAAUGUGGCAGAUGAGUUUCCUGCUGACCGCUGUUUCACUCUGGUGUUUCGCGGCCGUAGGGGAAACCUGGACCUGGUGGCUGAUUCAGCGAAGGAAGCUCAGGCCUGGAUUCGGGGCAUCAGAGCCCUAAUGGAGAACAUGGAGAACAUGGACGAGAGCAACAAACUUGACCAAUGGAUCUCAGACUGGUUUUUGAAAGCAGAUCUAAACAAGGAUGGCAGAAUAAAUUUUAAGGAGGCAAAAAAAUUACUGAAAAUGAUGAACGUGGACAUGAAUGAAGAACAUGCAUGCUGUCUUUUUAUGACGGCAGACAAGUCUGAGUCAGGAACCCUGGAGGGCCAGGAGUUUGUGGAGUUCUACAAAAUGCUUACAGAGAGAACAGAGGUACUGGACUUAUUCCAGGACCAUUCCAGUGAUGGACAGAGUCUGUCCCAGUGUGAUUUGGAGGAGUUCCUGAGAGAGGAGCAGCUCGAGCGGGAGGGCAGUCAUGAACAUGCCCUUCAGCUGAUUGAUCGCUAUGAGCCUUCAGACACAGCCAGAAAGAAUCACUCGAUGUCAGUCGAUGGGUUCUUAAUGUACCUGAUGUCUCGUGAGGGAUCCAUCUUCAAUCCAGAACGGCAGAGCCUUUUUCAGGACAUGAGCCAACCGUUGGCCCACUAUUACAUCUCCUCAUCACACAACACUUAUCUGAUGGAAGACCAGCUAAAAGGACCAAGCAGUGUAGAGGCCUACAUCCAGGCACUGAAACGAGGCUGCAGGUGUGUAGAGGUGGACUGCUGGAAUGGAUCGAAUGGAGAGCCGGUGGUUUAUCAUGGACACACACUGACAUCGAAGAUUCUCCUCAAAGAUGUGAUUACUACUAUUGCAAAUUAUGCCUUCAAGGCAUCUGAGUAUCCACUCAUCGUGUCCAUUGAAAACCACUGCAGCAUAGAGCAACAGGAAGUCAUGGCUCGAUAUUUCAGAGACAUUCUGGGUGAUAUGCUACUGACGAACACAGUAGAGAGAGUCUCCAGCGAACUGCCAUCCCCAGAGGCACUAAAGAGGAAAAUCUUGUUGAAAGGAAAGAAGAUUGGAAUGGAGUCAGAGAGCCCCACAGGUGAAGUCAGCGAUGAGGACGAGGCAGCAGAAAUGAAUAAGGACAGUCUGGCAUCAGAGAGUCCUUCAACAGAUGGCAAGAAAUCGAAGCAUAAUCUAUGCAAGGAGCUCUCAGACCUAAUGUUCUGUAAGAGUGUACAUUUCCACAGCUUUGAGCAUUCCCGCAUGUCUGCUAAUCCUGAUGAGAUGUCAUCAUUCUCCGAGUCUAAAGCCCGUAAAUAUUCAAAGGAAGCAGGUUCAGAUUUUGUGCUGCAUAACACCAGGCAGCUGACAAGAGUGUAUCCAAGUGGAAUGAGAACGGAUUCAUCAAAUUACUGUCCAGUAGACAUGUGGAACAUGGGAUGCCAGAUUGUGGCAUUAAACUUCCAGACAGCAGGGAUGGAAAUGGAUCUAAAUGAUGGGUUGUUUACUCAGAAUGGAUGCAGUGGCUACAUCCUAAAACCCGAGAUCCUUCGCAAAAAGGAGAGACUCUUUGAUCCUGAAGAACAUGAAGAUCACCACCCUCUACUGUUCUCUGUUAAGGUUAUUAGUGGACAACAGCUCCCUAAAGUGAAGCAAAAAGAUUGGUCCAUCGUAGACCCCCUGGUAAGGGUAGAAAUUUAUGGUGUACCCUUGGAUCAAGCUAAACAGGAGACUAAAUACAUUGACAACAAUGGAUUCAACCCUCGCUGGAACGAAAGCUUACAGUUCACAAUCCACACUCCUGAGCUGGCACUGGUGCGUUUUGUAGUUGAAGACUAUGAUACAACAUCAAGGAAUGACUUCAUAGGGCAAUACACUCUACCUUUUACCUGCAUUCAACCAGGAUAUCGUCAUGUGCAUCUGUUGUCCAAAGACGGAACAAGUAUCCAUCCAUCCUCCAUCUAUGUUCAUAUAAAAAUCACACAGCUGUAAUUUCACAAUUACAGGAGUUUUACUCUAAACAAUGCUUGAAACUUGUGUUGAAGGGUUAAUAUUUUUCAGACAAAUCUGUAGUUUGCUUUUAAAACAUAGAGAAACAUUUUAUCUUGUGCAGGGAUUAAAAACAAUACAAAUGCUGGCAAUUAUUUGAGCAAAAUAAAAUAUUAAUAACUAGUACUUGCAUUUAAAAAAAAAGGUAUAGCAACUGGCAUUAUUUAUAUUUCUAUAAUUGCAUAGU